AACUUCGGUUGCCAUGACAACGUGGUGUUGUUUUGGAAGCGUAAACAAAUGAAUCUCAAUUGUAAAAGAAAUGUAUAAUUGACGAAAACAUAAAUCUCCUUUAAUAUUAUAUAAACGAAAAUGGUGAUUGUGAAAGGUUUUUUCAUAAUUUAAUAACGUUACGCAAGUUGGUGGUAUAACAAAAUGAACCAAACAAUUAAAAAAGAAGAACAGAAAAAGAGAGAAUGCCAAAAGCAAACUCAGAAGAAAAGUCCAGAGAAGAAUAUGUCAGAAAUUGACGAGCAUAUUUUAAAAAGAUUUGAAAUCAAGAAGCGACUGGGCAAAGGAGCUUAUGGUAUUGUAUGGAAGGCGACUGACAAGAAGACCAAAGAUGUUGUGGCUAUUAAAAAGAUAUUUGACGCAUUUCGCAAUCAAACAGAUGCGCAGAGAACUUUCAGAGAAAUUAUUUUUUUACAAUCGUUCCGUAAUCAUCCUAACAUCGUUAAAUUACACAGCAUACAUAAGGCAUUAAACAAUCGUGACAUAUACCUUGGUUUCGAGUACAUGGAGACAGAUCUACACAAUGUGAUCAAACGCGGCAACAUCCUCAAGGAUAUACAUAAGCGGUAUAUAAUGUAUCAAAUGCUGAAGGCCACCAAGUAUAUACACUCGGGCAAUGUGAUACACAGAGAUCAGAAGCCGAGUAAUGUAUUGAUUGAUAGCGCAUGCAGAGUGAAAUUAGCGGACUUCGGUCUAGCUCGAUCCGUCUCCAGCGUGUAUUCUGGUGGCGAGGAGGGAGCAGAUCCUUGCCUGACUGACUACGUGGCUACACGAUGGUAUCGUGCUCCGGAGAUACUCAUUGCUAGUAAGAACUACACAAAGGGUAUCGACAUGUGGUCUCUGGGCUGCAUCCUAGGCGAAAUGCUGACGGGCAGCCCGCUAUUCCCAGGCACCUCUACAGUCAAUCAAAUUGAAAGGAUCAUGUCGGCCUUGCCAAGACCUUCGAUGGAAGAUAUAACAUCAGUAUGCAGCGGCUAUGGGUCAUCGUUGAUCCGCGAGCAAGCAUCGUCGACUUCUGGUGGCGCGUCGCUUGUAAGCUUGUUGUCUUGCGCGCCGAGAGACGCAGCAGACCUGGUACAUCGUCUGCUGGUCUUCAAUCCGGCGAAGAGGCUGAGCGCGGAAAAGGCGCUGGACCAUGAAUAUGUUGCGAAGUUUCAUCGCGAGCGUGACGAGCCGACUCUGCCUUCGGAUGUGCUGCUGCCGCUGCGUGAUGACAAACAGAUGUCUGUGGACGACUACAGGAACAAGCUCUACAGCAUCAUGGCUAAAGGCUCCAAUGGAUUCAGCCACAUGAGGAAGUCUCAGUCGAGCAAAACCCACACCUCACAAACAUCAGCGCAUGGCAACACAAAGACCAGCAAAAGUUUCCACGAACCUUCAGAAAUCUCUCGACCUUACAAACCGAAACAGCUCAGUGUCUCCGCAGACCAAAAAACUAGACCAAAGAUUAUAAAAGGACCAGAGAGACCAUUAAAAGAAUAUCGAUCAGAUCAGACCAUCACAAAACCGAUACGAGCUCCAAAACUAAUGGAGAGUCGAAGUCACGACUGGGAGACUAAUUGUCACGGUGAUUAUUUACCUAUGAGGAAGAGUCAAACUGAUGGGUAUGUUUCUGGUGGUAAAAAGGUGAUGCAACAAAGAAGAAAUUCUACCUCCUUUUCUACUAUUAGUAUUGGAGGGGAUGCUGAUUAUCUUGGUAGAAGUCUCAAUCAGCGGCAUGGUGUUAUCACCGCUAGUGCCUUAAUGGAUCUCCGUACUAGUAUACGAUGAGAAAAGAAUCACAAAUUUUGUGAGUUUGAAUCUCAGAUACUAGGGUAGAUUGAUUUUUAAUUGAUUUUGGCGUUUGUGGGUAGUUGUAAAAAUUUGUGGUCAGUUUUUUUUUCUAGUAACGUAGAAUCACGCUUAUAUUUC